UCUGUCUUUGUUUCUCAUACACACACUUGUUCUCUCUCACGAUCUAUCUCUGCCUUCACCACUCGUCUGGAGUUCAGUGGUACAUCACAGGCAGAGAGGAAGAGCGCAAGAUAGUAUGGGGACAGACGCAGGACAUUAUAGACAAGAAUCAAGGGUCAGACGGCUGCCCUCUUAUUCUCUAACCUCUAACGCUAGAAAAGAGAGGUUAAGAGGACUGCCUACAUGAGGAAGUUAGAAGAGAGAUUAAGAGAACUGCCUACAGGAGGAAGUGGCAAAAACUCCUUCAACACGUGUUUCUGUCAUAUUCCGGACCUGUUUGACUAGACCGGGUGAUGUAGUGGCUUGAUUGUUUGCCCGUGGCGAACCGGAGACACCAAACACAUUCUGGAGAUCUGGGUCCUAUGUACAUGGAGGUUCCAACAACUGGGGAGAGCAGAAAGAGGUUGCUUGGGAAGCGCACAUCAAAUGCUUAAUGUUUUGAAUUACUUAUCUCUGUUUCUCAUAGGCGAAGGAGUACAAUAUGCCAAUCUGAAACCGCCUGGCACAAUUUUAACUUUUCAGAAACCACGUGGCAUUGAUCAAAAAAAUCUACAUCUUGAAGAACUUUACGUUCAUCAGCUGAUUUGGGAGAUUACCAACUUGCUUUAUCGUUCAAUCUCAAGAACAUCCAGUUUUUUUCUUCAACCUUCGUUACUUUAUGUUUCUCUGCCUAGAGGUGUUUUUAUGUUCUUUUAAACUUCUGAAAGCAACCUCCAGGCACUCAAGUGGGUGUUAAAAGCUCUCAGGAACUCGGGGGCACCUCCGAGAAAUCUACGUACAUUUGCGGUCAUUGGUAGCGGAGAUGGUAGUCACACAGUUAGAACUGGAGCUCUGUUAUCAUGGGAAGAAGCUCAGAGGUUUCACCUGCAAACUCACACGCACGCCUCACGGCUUUUUGCCGGAGAGCUCGUACAUCAUCACUGCACAGGUCAUACUGCCGUACCUUUUGGGAGGAUUAGGAAUGGUGGCGGCCGGUAUCGUCAUGGACAAAGUUCAACAUUGGGAUGUCUUUAAGGUGAUCACAGAAGUCUUCAUACUGGUACCUGCUCUUGUCGGGCUGAAGGGAAACCUGGAGAUGACUCUCGCAUCUCGUCUCUCCACUGCUGCAAACACUGGGCAAAUGGAUGACCCAAAACAGAAAUGGAUGAUGGUUACAUGUAAUCUUGCUCUUAUUCAGGUUCAGGCCACCGUUGUGGGAUUUCUGGCAGCUCUGGCGGCUGUGGCAAUGGGUGCUGUGUCCAGAGGAGGUGUAGAGCUGGACCAGGCAGCUGUGCUGUGUGCCAGCAGCGUCACCACUGCGUUUGUGGCUGCGCUGUCUUUAGGUCUGGUGAUGAUUGGUGUGAUCAUUGGUUCCAGGAAGGUGGGCAUCAACCCUGAUAAUGUGGCCACACCGAUAGCCGCGAGUCUGGGUGAUCUCAUCACACUCAGUCUGCUGGCUGGAGUGAGCAACACGCUGUUUCAAUACAAAGAUGUGUGGUAUUUGUCCCCGUUGGUGUGUGGAUUUUUUCUUCUGCUCAUCCCACUGUGGGUGAUCAUUGCUAGACGAAGUCCACAGAUCAAAGAGAUCCUGAAGUCCGGCUGGCAGCCUGUUAUAGUGGCCAUGUCCAUCAGCAGCUUUGGUGGUUUAAUUCUUGAUAAGACUGUGAGCGAUCCGAACUUCGAGGGCAUGGCUGUCUUCACCCCUGUUAUUAAUGGUGUAGGAGGAAAUCUGGUGGCCAUCCAAGCCAGUCGGAUUUCCACCUAUCUUCAUUUCUGGAGCAUACCUGGAGUUUUGCCCUAUAAGAUGAGACAGCACUGGCCCAACCCCUGCGUCACAUUUUGCUCCUCAGGAGUAAACUCUAAAUCAGCCCGGGUGCUGUUUUUGCUGGUGGUGCCUGGUCAUCUCUUAUUUCUCUUUGCCAUUAAUAUGCUUCAAGGAGGUCACACUGCCAUCACUCCUGUAUUUAUCUGCUUUUACUUGAUUGCUGCUCUGCUUCAGGUUGGGAUCCUUAUUUAUACAGCUGACUUAAUUGUGCGCUUAAUGUGGAGGAAAGGACUGGACCCGGAUAACUUCUCCAUCCCAUACCUCACCGCACUGGGAGAUCUGUUGGGUACUGGUUUCCUCGCCCUGUGUUUCCGUCUGGUCAUGUUAGUUGAGGGACUCGGUCUGUAAGGCUCUGGCCACCUCCAUCCCUUUGGACCCCCGCUAUCUUUUGGGCCCUUGUUAUGGCCCAGGCUGGCUACAGUGGCUUUGAAGAAACUUGGGAAGUGAAGUAUGGUAUGGACAUUGAUUCUGUGCCAACAGAAUGGGUUGACUGGAAACCGACAGAAAGCACUACAUACAAUAACACUACACUUUAUAACUAGUUGUGUUGUACCGCUGCCUGUAUGCAGCUUUCAAGCCAACUGUAUAUUAAAAGGAUAGUUUUCCCAAAAAUUACAGAUGAAUUCUGUUAUCAUUUACUCACCCUCAAGUUCUUACAAAUUUGGAUAAUUUUCUUUGUUCUGCUGAACACGAAGAUAUUUGUGUUAUUUUUAAGUGUAGCUCAGUGGUUUGCAGCGCAAAAGGUCAUGGGAACACACAUACUGUUAAAACACUGUAUACCUUGUAAUGCACUAUAUGUCGCUUUUAGGCUUGUUGCGAUAGUCGGUGAAACGGUGAUUACCGGUGCUUCAACCUCUCACCGGUUAGAUCACUUGCCCACCGUGACACCGUCUUUCACCGUCGUUUUGAUAUUUUCUUGUAAUUAAAUCAUUUAGUUUCAUUAGAGAGAGCAAACACACUAACAACUGAAUGUGUCUGCUGCCUGAAUUCAGCGGAGCUCAACGCGCGUCACGUCACAGAGCAGCAAGUGUCAGAUUUCAUUUAUUCCUGGCAGACUGCGGCGAGUUUACUGACCAGACGAUCAUGGCAGAAGCCGCGUGCUUACUCGUUUUUGUUAUAAGAUACAUAUAUGAUGUUAAAUAUAAGUGAGAUCAUUUUGUUGUUGUGUUUUUCAUUAAGAAUAAUAAUAAACCCAUCAUUCAAGCAGCGCUUUAUGGAGGAAUAGCCGGUUGCUCUGCUUGGGACUGGCGGGUUUCUGUCAGAAGUACCUGUGCACAUUGACUCAAGCACUUAAACCAGCUGUUGCACUCGCAUUUGCACGCAAAUUCAUACAUGAUUACACGCAGCGUACGCAAGUGCUGGAUUUAAACAACAGUGGCAUCUAAUUCAAAAGUGAAAGUAAAAUGCGCACAUCUGUAUGUGCAUUUAUAAGCCCCUCCCACCCGGUGAAACUGGUAUCACCGGGUUUGUCACGCGCUGAUUAACCGGUGGGAAAAUUCUGUCACCGCAACAACCCUAGUCGCUUUGGAUAAAAGCAUCUGCCAAAUGCAUAAAUAUAAA